CCAACCCGCCUGGACAUGUUCCUGUGUAACCUCAUCUGGGUGUUCCUGCUCCAUGGGGGGAUUGCACUGGAUGAGCUUGCCAGGUCCCUUCAAUCCCUGACAUUCUGGGAUUGUGUGAGACCCCUCCUGGUCCCCGAGGGCUCACCCUGCCCCUCUCGCAGCUCACCGGCACCACCCCCGGGCUCGUCUCCCCCGCUCCCCGCUCGCACAGGCUUCACGCCUCCCAAUCACCCAUGUCGAGCAGCGCUUUCCCCACGGAGCGCCCGGCCCCUCCUCCCGGCCCGUCCCCGCCCCGCAGCCGCCAGCCUGGGCCCCGGGCCGAGCGCCCACAUCCGUGAGCCCGGCCCGGCAGCGCCGCCUCCGCCUCAGCCCCGCGCCGGGCUCCCGCACAGGAGCUGCUCCGCGCCCGGCCCCGCACCGCCAGCAGCGGCCAGGACAGAGGCUCCCGAGAACAGGUUCCUCAAGAUUAGCACUAUGACUGAUGGAGACUACGAUUAUCUGAUCAAACUCCUGGCCCUCGGAGACUCUGGGGUCGGGAAAACAACGUUCCUGUACAGAUACACCGAUAACAAGUUUAAUCCCAAAUUCAUCACGACGGUAGGGAUAGACUUUCGGGAAAAACGAGUGGUGUACAACCGCCAGGGACCAAAUGGAUCUCCAGGAAAGGCCUUCAAGGUCCAUCUCCAGCUCUGGGACACGGCCGGCCAGGAAAGAUUCCGAAGCCUCACCACCGCGUUCUUCAGAGACGCCAUGGGCUUUUUACUCAUGUUCGAUCUCACCAGCCAGCAGAGCUUCUUAAAUGUCAGGAACUGGAUGAGUCAGCUGCAAGCCAACGCAUAUUGUGAGAAUCCAGAUAUCGUCUUAAUUGGUAAUAAAGCUGAUUUAUCAGACCAAAGGGAGGUAAACGAAAGGCAAGCAAAAGACCUGGCAGACAAAUACGGCAUCCCGUACUUCGAGACGAGCGCCGCGACCGGGCAGCACGUGGAGAACGCCGUGGCCACGCUGCUGGACUUGAUCAUGAAGCGCAUGGAGCAGUGCGUGGACAAGCCACCCGGCGCCGACACGGCCAACGGCGCCGGCUCCGCAAAGCUGGAUUCGGCCAAAGCGGAGGAGAAGAGAUGCGCCUGCUAAAUAGCACCUUGGAACUGUGAGAACCAACGGGAACGCUUCAUCCUGUGGCCGAUCUACCACCAAAUGCCGCGCGCGGAAGCCGAGUUACGUUGUUUUAUUGGGAUCGCGCGGUUUUCUCCAAAGAACUGGGGUCCGAGGGAAGUCGUGUCGCCGCCGGGCUCUCGCGCUGAAAUGAUUCUUCCCGAUCCGGUGCCAUCGUGGCAAACCCUCCCGCCUCCUCCUCCCCGCUCCCCCCAGCCCUCAUCUUUCAUGUUCAGGUGAUCAGGAUAUUGAAUAGAGGCAAGUAGCUUUAUUUUUUUAAAAGAAGAGGGAAUCUUGUCUGCAUACACAGGGUGUCGACAUUAAAAUGGAGGUGGGUGGUUUUCUAGGCCUGUGCCGUUUUUCCACAGGAUCCUGUUUCUUUCUAAGUCUUAAUCUGCAUCAGGGAGCGUGUGUUUUCUAAGGCGGUUUUCUGUGGCCUAUUAGGAUGUCAGAGUAAGCGAUGCUGCGAAUCCGGCCUGAAUUGCUGGGACGGUGGGUGGUGUGCGUGCUUUGGCUUUUUGGGGUGAAUUAAUGUGUUUCAGUUUAAAAGAACUUAUCAGGGAAUUGUGCAGUGUUGCUUGUGUUGCCAAAAAUCCAAGCAGGGAUUGGAAUGUUACAGGGAAAAAGGAUGGAGAGGGAUUGUGAUGCUGCAGGGACAGCUGAUAAAGAAGAGACAGUGAGGACAGAGAGAAACUGUAUUUUAUUAAACACUUUCUUGCCAUUAGUUAAAACUAUUUUCCCCUCUUCAACGUGAGGAAUUGAUGCUUUAUUUUCUCUAUGCGUAUCGCAGGUGGGAUGUAGGGAAGAACUCGUGGCUGUUUGAGCUGUGGAAUCCGCUGUGCCAAAGGGGCAAUGGCAAAGUUUUAUUCUUAUCGCAAGCAAAUAUAGGAAAGAGAUAAAAAAUAGUAUAUUUAUAAGUAUAGAUCAUUUUCUAAACCAAUUUACAGUAUAUUUAUGAGUCUACCCUGUCCUUUUUUUGUAGAAUAACCGUUCUGAUUGUAUACAGGUGGUAGUUAAAGGUCUAGUUGUGCUUAUUGUGCUUUAAGAUCACUCGGGGCGGGGGAACAGAUCGCUUGACACAUCAAGUUAAAUUGGUUGGGUUGGUGAGAUCGCAGACUUCGCUGUAUUUCAAUGUUUUCAGCCUUGCUUGCCUCCAAACUGCAACCUUUGGGAGCCCAUAAACGUCUUCGUGCCUCCCACAAGUGGGGAAUUUACUGGAAAACCAGCAGGUUUUAUGGGCGGCUCCUCAAAGGCCAUUUGCUGGCUCAUUUGGUGCGGUAAAGGGGUAGAUGGUGCAUCCGCGGAGCCAUUGGGGGAGUAAGCAAAGAGCUGUGCUGCCGUGCCAGAAAUCUGGCUUGUAAAGAUGCUACAAGUGAGACCCUCGACUUAUAGGCUCUAUGGGGUGUCUGCUAUACAAUUAGAUAUCGUGUAGCUCCUUUUAUAGGUGGAAAAGAUGGUGUGGUUGUUUUCCCGGGCAGAAGAUGGAAGUAGAGCGGUAGAAUGUAAGUUGAUAUUCGGCUACAUACACUGGAAGUUCAGGGUUCUCUUUGAACCCAGGUUGCAUUGCUAUGUAAUAUGUAGCAUAGAAUGUAUACAUAAUUUAAAAAGUAAAGCAAGGAACUCCCUCUCUUGCUUUCAAAGACGCCUUUCAAUUUGUGGCAUUGUUUUGUUGUCCGCUGAACAGGAAAGAAAGAAGUUACUAAGGAAGUUAAAUUACCACCGGCCAACCAUGGCGUUGACUCAGAGCAGCUCGAGUGUAGCUCAUCCAAAAGCUCUUACCCAACCUAAAGCGACAGAUGAUGUGUGUAAAUCCCAGAGCUGGUGCUCAAAGCUCCCUUGCUCGUAUUUCUCUCUCCACCUGCUGCAAUUAGCGCUCUUAGAAUAAUAAUAACUUAAAAAUCAAAUAUACAGCGGUGGUAGCCAGUGCGGUCUGGUCUGGAGGAAGGUUUCUCCACCUCGCCACUGAGUUUGGUUCAGGAACGACAGAAAUGACUGUAGUAAAAAAGCCAUUGCUUAGUUUGUAUUUAGAUACUUGCUAAUGUAAGAAAUGGAUCCUUAUUCUGUGCUUUUUAAUAGGAAGUAAUAUAUGAAUGUGUAUGAAUCUAUUAUCCCAAAGGGUUUUUGCACCAAAGCUUUGUUUGGAGGGAAGGAAGAGGAGUUUCAAUGUGUUUCUUUUCCUGGUAGGUGGCUUAGUUAUUAAAUUAAGAGGAACAUGAGAAGUGAUUCUCAGUGGCGACUAACAGCUCUGUUGUUCAUCACAUUAUCUCAUUUUUUGCAAGGAGAGUUAAUAAUCUCCUAUUAAAAAUUGCUUCCCAUCCCACUAGAACUUGAAUCCAGAUUCCGCUGUUGCAAAAUUUGAUGUUACGUCUUCGAACGUUCACAUUCGAGGACAAAUGCAGCCCGUUUGCAAGCCUGCCGGAUAUCCCGCAUCAGGGAGAGAAGAGCCUGGGAUGCUUUAUCCAGGACGAUGCUAAAAAUUCAAUGUCAGCACAGGUAUUUUAACCCUGAGGGGUUUUGCCUUCAAUUUCAAUCCAGCCACUUCUUCUCCUCCUUCCCGCUCUCCAGGUAUCUUUGUCCUCCCGCUUCUAAGCGCGAAUGUAAGAACGCAGCCUCAAAACCUCGGUGGCACCGCGGUGACCCCAGCGCCUCCCGUCCUCCAGCCUUUCGCUUGCUAAGUAUUUGCUUUGCCAAAGCCUGGUGGUGCUGCUCCUUUUGUAUUUAGUGAGUUCAACCCCUGGGUUAAUACCCGGAGGAGCGAGGACACUUGGAGGUGCCAUUGCUGCUCGUGGGCAUUGGCGCAUCCUCUGCUGCCUUCACCUUGGAGCGCUGGUGCCAAAACCUUUUGUACGCGAUACUAAAGACAAAAUGCUGUAGAUAAGAGAAAUGCCCUUUGAUAUUUACCAGAGAACCCAGUUGGAGAAGUUACUUGUGUAUUAGUGCGUGUGAAAUGAGGAGCUAUUGUCAGGCCAACCAAGUAGAGCUAAAAUGGUAUCAAAAUGAAGACUCCACAAUUUCUACUCCAUGAACAUAGAGAUGUGAAUGAGUUGCUUCUUGUUGUUUUAAGUAUUACCCAGCCCUGAGGAAAAUUAUUCCAUCAACUGCACAUGGCCAGGAGAGUAUUAAUGACUAUUCUUCAAUGCUUUUGGAGGCUUAAGCAGAUGCUCUCUAGGAGUUAAUGUGUAGCAAUAUGUGUUAGAAAUGUCUGAGACAGAGUGUGGCACAUGGUGUGUUUUACGCUUGACAAUCAUUUAAGCUUUAAUUUUAUGAACUAUUUUUAUCUGGGAUCAGUUUGCUGUGCUCAGGCAACCACAAAUCCUCCUUUCUCAGCCUAAAUAUGUGAAGGGUUGUCAUACACAUAUUUAUAUGUUAGAGGAUCGGAUCAUAUAAGAAACUUCAUAAAAGUUGCGUAGGAGUUUCAGACCAUGCUCUGAUCUUACAAAUAGGAGGAGAAGAAGCUGUAAAAAGGAAUCAUUUUCUACCUGAGUGCUGGGAGACCUGACUUGAGGCACCUUUAAAGAGCAUAUUGAUUAUCCCUCCCCAAAAAAUCCCCCCCACACCCCUAUAGGAUAAGUUUGGGUUUGUUUUUUCCAGAGGAUGCUGUUGACUCUUUGAUGCUGGGCAGAUCUGUUUCUAAUUUAUUAUUAAUUAUUAUUUCUAGCUAAACUAGUUGAAGGCGACAGGGGAAAUGAUUCUUUGCUAUGUGCUUUUGGUCUGUACGGUUACCUAGUUAAAACAUAACGUUAGCAAAUAGACCCUAAAAUUGUCCAUCCGCAUUGUGCAAUAGGGCUUGGUGGACAAACUAGAUUAGAAGCUGCCUGUUGUAUUUUACUCAACUCACUUAUGGGAGUUAAAUGGGGUUUUUUGGUUCUCCCAAGGUCUCUUUCACACUAAGAUCCUGUAGCAAUGACCUUUUUGGUGUUUCCUUCUGUUAUGCCACCCGUGAGCAUGUUUUAUGUUCGUCUUAACAGAUCUGUGCUCUGAGCGUGAUUGAAACUGUAUCUUGAACACAAAUAGUCUCUUUUUUUAAAUUAGAGAUGCCCUUUGAUGCUUGUUCCUGUCCCUUUGUUGUACCCAAGUACCUGUGGCUUCUAAACCUCCUGUCACCAGCUUCACCGGUGUCUGGGGUCGCGUCAUCCAGCUGAGGAAUGUAGCCUGUGCCUCGGUUUCUGCACUGGUAUUUUCAGAAUAAAAGGAUAUUUUUCA